UUUCGGGAGAAAGGAGAAGGAUUCAUGGCGGGCAAUGGGUUGAAGUGGGACGGAUUGCUCAAGUGGAGCCUCUCCCACGCCGAUGGGACUCGCGCUGCUCGGAUAUUGAGAUAUUGCGUCGGACCCUUUGCUUACGGUCAAUGAGGAGGAUAGGAAAUGGCUCGUGGAAGCGAUGCAAGCUGAUGAAGGAGGAUGUUCUGGAGCUGCAAGGGAUCGAGUCGCCGGAUGUAGUAGGUUGUAACUGUAAAUGUCAUCCAGUUUCAUAUUCUCAUUGGUGUAUUGAUUUCUUGCAACAUCUUUUUAACCCUAAAGAAAUGUUGGAUGAGCUUGGAGAGCAUGUUGAGUCUAUUGAUAUGACAAAUGACUUGCACUUAAUCGGCGGCUUAGUCCCUCUGCUUGGUUACCUGAAAACCUCUGAUGCUGGUAUUGGAGCAAAGGAUGCAGAUGUUGUAACUACCAUUGUUCAGAACAAUCCUCGAAGUCGGCAACUUGUAAUGGAACCUCUCCUGUCAAAUUUUACAUCACAUCCUGAUUUAACAGUUCACACAGAAGCUCUUGGUGUGAUAUCCUCUUUGAUUCAGAAUAACCAGGCAGGAAUUGCUGCAUUCGAUCUAGUGAAUGGUUAUGCGGUGCUCGGAGAUGCAUUGUGUUCAGAGAGAGUUAUGGAGGGUGCUUAACUUGGUGCAAUCCCUGCUGCUUCAGGAGAACAAUUCAGAUUGCAGCAUUGUGGUUUCCUCGGCUCAUGUGCGAGAAGCAGCUGUAGGGUGUCAUCUAGAGUUUGCUGGGGACAGGACGUCCGGUGGCAGCACUGUUGUAGCCGAA